CCAAAGCUCAGCACUGGGAAGAGAAGGGAGAAGGCUGUUCAUUUUGGUAAAGCCACAGUGCCCAGAUUGGCCAGAAGCUGCACCAGAAAAUGGCAGAAAAAAACAUUGGAGACUAUCCUGAGAGUAUGAGCCAAGAGACAAGCCAUGGUUAUGAAAACCAAGACCCCAGGAAAAAACAACUGAGACUUGUCCUGGUGGGUAAAACAGGAGCUGGGAAAAGUGCGACAGGGAACAGCAUCCUUGGACAACGAAUAUUUGAGUCAAGACUAGCAGCAAAGUCAGUGACCAAGAACUGUGAGAAAAGAAGUAGAUUAUGGAAUGAGAAAGAAAUUGUAGUUGUUGAUACUCCUGGUAUUUUUGACACUGAUGUGUCUGAUGUGGAUACUUCAAAGGAGAUCAGCCGCUGCCUCCUUAUGUCCUCCCCUGGGCCUCAUGCCAUCAUCCUAGUGGUUCCACUCAGUCGUUACACCAAAGAGGAACAAGAUGCAGUCAAGAAGAUCCUGGGAAUUUUCGGUUCCAAUGCCAAGAAACACAUGAUCCUUUUAUUCACCCGGAAAGAUGAUUUGGAAGGUAAUGAUUUAAACAGAUACUUAAGUGAAACUACAGAUAAAGGUUUAAAAGAACUGAUAGACCAGUUUGGUGGAAAGUAUUGUGGCUUCAACAACAGGGCCACUGGAAGUGAGCAGGAAGCCCAGCUAACAGAGCUUCUGAUCUUGGUUGAACAGGUAGUACAGAAGAAUGGGGGCUCUUACUACACAAACAAGAUGUAUAUAGAAACUGAGAAGAAGAUUCAGGAAGAAACUGAAGUGCUGAAAAGAGCCUACAUGCAAGAGCUGGAAAGAUUGAAAAAGGAAAUAAGGCAGGAAUUUGAAGAAGAAAUCAGAAAUUUAAAGGAUGAACUGGAGCAGAGAAAAAGAAGAGAAAAAAUGGAUAGGGAGAUUGUAGAAAAAGAAACUUUCUAUAAAAAGAGGCAGAAAAAUGCCAGAGCUGAGGUUGUGAAUAGUUUUGGCUUCUUUGAAAACUUACUGAAAAUGGUGAGCUUAGCUUCUGACGUGAUUAAGCUUUUAUUUAAGGAUUAAGGAACUUGGUAAAACCAUCUUGUGCUUUCUGCUACUUCCCAGCUUCUUUCUCUUUUGGUUAUUGAUGAAUAACCAGUCAUCUCAAGUUCAUCCUGUCACUCUUACUUCAAGGAUGAAGACAUUUGCAAACCUUUGGCCAUCAGAAAUUCCCUAAUAUUGAAGCCAAUAUUUUAGUCUGAAAAUAAAGGAAAAGAUUCAUUUCCUGUAAAAAUCUAGGAAAGGAAAUUCUAAGUCUCCCUGAACUAGAAAAUUUCCUUCUAUGAUCCAGAGGAGGGGAAAAGGAACCAAAGUAAAGCAUGCAGCCUGGUUUCAAUUCUCCAAACUCUCCAUUCUAGAAAGGGAACAUAUCUGCAUGGCACCUCUUACUUGAAUUUCAAUUGUUUUCAUUAUCAAUAUAGCUAAUAGCUGACAUCUGUGAAAGGCUUUAGG